AUGACAUGAGGAUACGAAAGGCCAGGCCACGAAAGGCUGACUUGAAAGAAACUUGCUCCAGAAACCAGGGCGGCCGUCGCGAGAGGACCGGGACGAAAAAAAAAAAAAAGGCACCCCCCUUGUUUCAUUUAAAUGCGAUGGGAUUUGCUACUUUCGCGUGAAGAGGCGGACCCACGAGACUGCGAGUUCAAUAUGCUGAAUCUGUCCCCGGUGUUUGUAUACUGUACGUGGAAGUACACAGACUGUUUCCUUCCAUGCUAAGGAUUUAAUACGACUCCUGACAGUGUCAAUAGCUCACGGAUAUCCUCCAUUUUUUUAUUUUUUAUUUUUUAUUUUUGAACAAGGAAUUACUCCGGCUCGGUUGCAUGUGCGCCUAUUAGCUGAUAUAUUUGAAUUUAUAAAUUUAGACAUGGGGUGCUCGCUCGUGGUGUCACAGAGCAGUCUCCCCUCCGAAACAUUCAGCAGAGCCUUUAGAGGGUUUUAGACUUUCUUUCUUUCCUUUUUUUUUUUUUUUUUUUUUUUAAAGAGGGUCGUGGUCUGUCUCGUCGCUGACCCACCAUGAACUGUUAUUUUAGAGGCAUUUUCCACGCUCCCGUGAGGUUCUCGUCUCCCGUUUUGCCCGUUAGCCGGUAGCUUUGCAAACACUGCGGGAUUUUUUCUUUUUUUUUUUUUCCUUUUCCUAAAGUUGGUGCAUUUUACCUGUGCCACCACACAGACAGAUUACACAUAUAUAUAUUUUUUAUAUAUAGCUCGGCUUAUUCCUGUGCCGUCUCUUCUCGGGAUCGCCUCAGCGCUUUUAAUCUCCACUCGGAUACAUAUAUAUAUAUUUAUAUACCAGGCUUUUCUUUUUUCCCCUCAACCAUCUUCACCAUGAGUUACAUCCACAAGCUGGUGAAUGUAUUGCUACGUGGACUCGUCAUCUAUGCGGUACUGGGCUCGGAGUGCACUUACUCGGACGAUCUGCCCAGCAGGCACUCGCCUGAUGCUGAAAAUCUAGCCGUCACAGACCCCUGUCUCAUAGUGAUGCCGCCGUGCAUGGGCGAGGACGACCGCUUCAGCCUGGAGGCGCUGCGGCACAUCCACAAGCAGCUGGACGACGACAACGAUGGGGGGAUAGAGGUCAACGAGAGCGUGGAGUUCAUAAUAGAAGAUAUGAAGCAGCAGCAAACCAACAAACACAGCAACCUGCACCGGGAAGACCAGCACAUCACGGUGGAGGAGCUGUGGAGGGGCUGGAAAGCCUGCGAAGUCCAUAACUGGACCGUUGAGGACACGGUGCAGUGGCUGAAGGAGUCGGUGGAGCUGCCGCAGUAUGAGAAGAACUUCCGGGACUUCGGGGUGACGGGGAACACGUUACCUCGAUUAGCGGCGAAUGAACCGACGUUCAUGUCGAUGCAGCUAAAGAUAUUAGACCAGCGGCAUAAACAGAAGUUAAACCUAAAGGCGCUGGAUGCGGUGCUGUUUGGGCCUCCUCUCCGUCCACAACACAACUGGUUGAAAGACUUCGUCCUCAUGGUUUCCAUAGUGAUCGGCGUCGGGGGCUGCUGGUUUGCUUAUGUGCAGAACAAGUCCAGCAAGGUGCACAUUUCCCAGAUGAUGAGGGAUCUGGAGAGCCUGCAGCACGCCGAGCAAAGCCUCUUCGACCUGCAGAGUCGCCUGGAAAAGGCUCAGGAGGAGAACCGGACGGUGGCCGUCGAGAAGCAGAACCUGGAGGAGAAGAUGAGGGACGAGAUCACCGGGGCCAAGAAGGAGGCUCACAGGCUUCGAGAGCUGCGAGAGGGAGCUGAAUGUGAGCUCAGUCGGCUCAAAUAUGCAGAGGAGGAGCUCGUACAGGUGCGAAAGGCUCUGAAGCGAGCGGAGAAGGAGAUGCAGUCGGAGCGCUCGGUGCCGGAAGCUCUUCAGAAGUGGCUGCAGCUCACGCACGAAGUGGAAGUUCAGUACUACAACAUCAAGAAACAGAGUGCGGAGUUUCAGCUGUGCGUCGCAAAAGACGAGGCAGAGAAAAUAAAAAAGAAGAGGAGUUCUGUGUUUGGAACUCUUCACGUAGCCCACAGUUCAUCACUGGACGAGGUGGACCACAAGAUACUAGAAGCAAAGAAAUCCCUGUCAGAGGUAACGGCGUGCCUGAGGGAGCGUCUCCACCGCUGGCAGCAGAUCGAGAAGCUGUGCGGCUUCCCCGUCGUCAAUAAUUCGGGCCUGCCGAGCCUGACGGCCAGCCUCUACUCAGACCACAGCUGGGUGGUGAUGCCCCGGGUCUCGGUUCCUCCCUACCCCAUCGCAGGAGGAGUGGACGACCUGGACGAGGACACGCCCCCCAUCAUUCCACAGUUCACAACGACUACGAUGAUCCGGCCCUCGCUGACGCGCAACAGCAGCCUGUGCCGCUCCCGCCGGAGCCUGCUGAGCUCGCCGCAGUCCUCGCUGAUGUCCCCGGACCCGGACCUGCUGUCCAUGGCCAGCUCGUCCCUCUCCUAUCGCCCCGAGGCCGACGACGAACAUAUCAUGUUCAGCUCGGAUAGGAGGGGGUAUGUAGCUGUGGCCGGAACGCCGCGGAAUGGUUUUACAGUUUGGACUCACAGGGAGGCGCCUCAGGAGGGCAGCUCCGACACGGACUCCCUCAGCUCGUCCAUGGGGCGCAAGCAGCUGCAGGGCGCGUGCACGCCGGGCCCCGAGACCCCCUACCGCAAGAUCUCCCGCGAGGAGCUGAUGCUGUUCGGCCAGAGCUCGGAGCUCCCCCCCGCCGCGUCCACCGCCGCCUCCACCGCCCACACCACCAGCAGCAGCAGCAGCAGCAGCCUCAGGGACUCCACGCCGCCGCCCCCCCUCCCCCCGACCCCGGCCACCACGCCCUCCGGCCCGCCCUCCACCUCGCCCUCCCCGGCCCUGGAGCACCACCCGUUCGCGCAGAGGGGCUCGCCCGACCUCACCCGCAUCAUGCCCGAGUCCCAGAGCGCGACCUUCUCGCAGGGGAGCGCCACGUCCCCGACGGGCAAGGGCGUGUACAACGGCAUCCUGGAGAAGUCGUACAGCUUCGGCCAGCUGCCGGCGAGCAUGCUCCCCAAGGUGGGGCGCUACCCGUCGCUCACCUCCCUGGACUCGGAGGGCCGGAGCGUGGGAAGGGAGUCCAAGCUCCUGAGCACGUCCUCCCAGGACUCCAGCGACAAUGGGGAGAAAAUCAAGCGCUCCUCGUCUAAAAUCAAAAGCUUAUUUAAGAAGAAAAAAUAAAACUUCCACAGAGUGAGAUGUGUGUGUGUGUGAGAGAGAGAGAGAGAGAGAGAGAGAGAGAGAAAUAUAAAGAAAUUAUAAAGAGUGGUUUUAGCCCUAAUACUAAAAAAAAAAAAAAAAAAAAAAAGGACAUCACUGUAAGCUAAAACAUUUCAUUUUCUCUCUUAAUUUCUUCUUUUUUGUCAUCACAGAUGGAAUGUAGCUCAGCGCGGGAGAGUUUAAACGCCCGCCGCGCUGGUAGCCUUAUUUUUCAAUAAUGCCUUUUUAUUUAGCUCACUCAUAGCCUCGCGGGGGAACCGCACAGGUCAAGGAAGAGUCAACGAAAGGUCACUGUCUUCUCUUAAUUUAAUUUUGAACCAAAAAAAAGCCACUAUGUUAAAGGGUCUAAAGGUGCAGUCUGUACGUCCGGUUGUCAAGCACACGAUGUCCAGUGUUCCACCGCUGAGGUUUUGCCGUUCCUGCCGAACGCAGCUUUCGGCCGUAGCAGCAGCGCACGGCUAACACCCAGGAAAAAAAACAAAAGGCAAACAAAAACACAUAUUUUCAACUGUUUCUUUCUCAAGUGUCUGAGCUGCUUCUCGCUCAUCAGAAGGCGACAGACUGCAUCUCCUGAAGUGUUGUGAGCCCCGGACUCACGUACUUGAUUUAAUGAAUCCUGCUAAAGUUCGUUGCACUACUGCUUUCCCGGCGUUUUUGUGGGAAAGGGAGCCGCCGCUCGCGGAGUAAAUACUGAAUAAAGAUACAGAGAUGAGAGGGACGCAUGGGCAGCCGCAGUGGAGGCGCAGCACGUAAUGCUAGAGCCAAAAUUAUCUGACGCAUCUUCAGUGUCGCUGCUUAUGGAUUCCUCGAUAUAUAGAUAAAUAUAAAUAUAAAUAUACAUACUUUUGUUUCCACAUCAUGAUGUUCUUAUGGACGUUUUGAAAUAAGCAGUGAGGGGUUCCUCUGAACUGAAGAAAGUUUAUGGAAUAUGCAGAUUUAACCCACACCACUCACCUCCCCUGUGUUCAACCUUGCCCCUCAUUACUUGAUUAACUGCAUCCUGUAGCCGCACAUAAACCAGUUCCCACAGUUUCUGUCUGGUGUCCCCCUCCUGGUGUCGCCAGUAGAUUUUGAUCAAAUCGUCUUGAGAAUAAUUUAUCCCCGUGGGGAGGCGAUUGUAGUUUUUAAAACGUCAUCAGCUGCUACUCUCUGUGUUCCCCAGCUUUGCUUUAAACACUAAGAAUUAUCUGCUCAGAAGCAAUUUGAUCCAGAUCUGAUCGGUACACCGAGACCUUCCCCUCUUCCCAACGCCGCCAUCAUCAUCAUCAUCAUCAUCAUCGUCAUCGUCAUCAUCGCCGCCGCCGCCGCACACUACGCUCGGAGCCGACCCCUGCAAUACGGCCCCGUUCCUCACCCCUGGGCCCGCACCGAGCGCACUGAUGUCAAGAGCUCCUGCUUCACACUGUGAUUUUCAGCUUCUUCCCUCCAUCCUGGGCCUGGCUGUCGGCAGCGAUGCAGCGUCAAGGGGGACUGAUGCCGUGUACGAGGACGGGCCUCUGUUUUUAAAAAGGAAAAAAAAAAAAAAGAAGAUAUAUAUGUAUAAUAUAUUAGGAAGGUUGUGGACAAUGAAGAAGAAAACAGAGGACGGAACUCCGUGGAGAACAUGAAUGUUUACGAGACGUUAGGUUUUUUUUUUUUUUUUUGAGAACAUUUUGUGUGAAUAUUUGUAUAUUGUAGAAGAAUUAAUAAAAAAGAAAAUGGAGGCAUCGGA